CUAUGUCUUAAAGACAGACUCAAUCAUUCAUCUAAAUCAUCUUCUAAUAAACCCAACGUCGGGCCCGCCGUCAGGUUAGCAGAUAAAGCAACUAAUGACCCUCUUCAAUAUCCCGAUAACGGCACCAAUGACGCAAUUUUAUCAGUAGUUAGAAAUAACUCUAAUAACAAUUCCAGCAACAACACCAACCCUAUACAGAGUGUUUCAAGUAUAAAUGCCGCAUCUCAUCUAAACACGAAUAUCCAAACUGAUAAAUACUCAGCCGGGAAAAAAUCUUUCGCUGAGACCACUAUCAACUCUGCACUACCCAAAAAUGACCAAGCAAUCGUCUUCGAGUCAAUUGAUAAUAUUCCCCAGAUUGAAUACAUCAUCGCUAUCAGCAAAUUAACUUCACCAAAAAACAUUAAAUUCGUUUCCCGAAUAUCCAACGGCCGGUUCUGUAUAUUUUUUAAUGACAAAAACACCGUGGAUUUUCUUAUAGAUAACCAUCUCAGCAUCAAAUUAAACGACCAUACAAUAAUUAAAACUAGAAGAUUAAUAAAUCCGGCCAAAAGAAUCAUAAUCUCUAACGUUUCACCCGCUAUACCAAACGACAGCAUUAUAUUACACUUAAAAGAUCAUAACAUCCAAAUAGUAUCACCCAUCACUCACAUUAAUGCGGGUUUCAAUAUUCCAGAACUUGCUCAUAUCCUUAGUUUCAGACGCCAAGUCUACAUAAAUCCCGACGAUUUUCAAAAACUUCCAAACUCCGCCAUAAUCAUGCACGAAAACACUCCUCACAGAAUUUUUUUCUCCGAUGACACUCUAUCUUGUUAUACAUGCAAACUCAAAGGACACACCUCAAAACAGUGUAAAAAUCUACUGACAGAAGCUUCAAAAACUAAGAUAAACGAAUCCCAAGGGUAUACCAACUAUAUAAGCAACUCCAAGGUCACCGAUGAUAAUACAGUAUACAAUAAACCCAUAUGCAAUUCGUUCUCCGAACCAAUGGUCUACUCUAAUUCGAACAGUACCUCUCCAACCACAGAUCAACCUGCUUUGCUAGACGACCCGGUACCUACGGAAAUAACCUAUGAAGAAACUAUAUUUCCGAUUCCUAAUACAACCAACCAGAUAAAAAUACCAGUUCUUUCAUCGACAUCAACAAGUUUAACUUCCGAUUCGUGCUUCCUUAAAUCCCCAUCACAAGGUAAGAUCUCAAAAGAAAUUCCCCCUUCUAUCUCAAGAUCAAAACCAAAUAAAACGAAAUAAAUCCAUCGAAUCACUAAACAAGCCUGAAAAUCAACUUUGCUCAAAUUCACGCGAACGUUUUUCAGAGAAUUUGGACACUCACUUGGAACCUAUCAGCCAUAUUUUUGAGCAGCACAACCAAGCCAGAUUAAACUUCGCUCAGUUUAAACAUAUUAUAGAAACUAUCGCCACACUAGAACAUCCUCUAGACAUAAUCCAAGAAUAUGAAAUAGAAGGAAACUAUAAAUUGGAAUUACUCGAAAAAUUCAGACCCUUCCUUCUAACCAGUAAAGCUAAAAACAAUAUAACUCGGAUAACCAGUAAACUCUUCAAAGCACUAGAAACAGAAGCUUCAAAAGAAGCUCCAUUGACAGACUCUGAUACUUACUGAUACUCAGUUAUACACGCACACAACACUCAACCCUAAAAAAAAAAAAACAAAUAAUACUAGACAAACCUACAAGACCCAAUAUCACACAUCAAAAAUGGUUAAUAUUAUUCAGUGGAAUCUAAACGGCUUCUCCAAAAAACAAGGAGAGCUUAAACUCAUCAUACAAAAUCACGACCCCUAAAUCAUAUGCCUCCAAGAAACAAACCUCAAAGCCAACUACCCCUCUCACAUUAAAAACUUCCAAGGAUUCAAUAAAUAUAGAACAACAUCAGAUAGAGUCAGCGGAGGCGUUUCAAUAUUCAUAAAAUCUAACAUCCCAAGCAAAGAUAUACAAAUUAACAUCAACCUUGAAACAAUAGCCAUAUCCGUAGAGCUCAGUGUAACAUUCACAUUAUGCAACAUUUACCUACCGAAUCAAACUGACUUUUCAUUACUCGACCUGGAAAAUAUAAUACGACAACUUCCUAAACCUUUUAUACUAGUAGGAGACUUCAAUUCACACAAUAUAAUCUGGGGCUCAAACAACACCAACCCGAGAGGCAAAAUAAUAGAAAAACUCAUACAAAACGAAGACCUAGUAUUGCUCAUUGACUCAACUCCUACCCAUAUAAACCUAGGAAAUGGUAACUUAUCUAACAUAGAUCUAUCUCUAAGCACACCAUCAAAGGCUUGAAUAGGAAGUGCUACCUGAAAUCUACAGCAGUGAUCACAUCCCAAUUAAAAUUAAAAUAUUACCAAGACAUGUUGAUAAUAUAUACUCUAAUAAAGAAAUAUGGAAUUUAAAAAAUCCUAAUUGGAACUUAUAUACCGACCUACUAGAAGAAGAAAUCAAGAAAAUACUUGACCACAACAUCAUUGACAUAGAAGAAACUACCCAAACAUUCAUAAAUCUUAUAACUGACAUCGCAAAAAAGUCAAUAGGUACAACUAAGCAAACAAAAAAGCCCAGAGUACCAUGGUGGAACAAUAACAUAAAAGAAGCAAUAUCCGACAAAAAUAAAGCACUAAUAAAAUUCAAAAAAAACAAAACCCCUGAAAAUUUUAUCGAACUCAAAAGACUUAGAGCCAAAAGCAGGUUUCUCAUAAAAAACAGCAAAAAAGAAUCGUGGAACGAAUUCACAUCUAUCAUCAACGUAAAAACGAAUCCAUCAGAAGUAUGGAGAAAAAUUAAAUCAUUAAAAGGCUUAACCCGAAACAAUGACAUAUUCAUAAAAACCAACCAGAACACCAUAACUGAUCAAACAGAAGUCGCAGAUAUAUUAGGAAACUUCUUCCACGAAAACUCCAGCGACAAAACAUACAAUAAAAAAUUCAUAAAUGAAAUAAAGAUACUCAAGGAGAACAACCAAACAAAGUCUACCAUUGAUCCAAAUAACCUAGACCAAAUAAACCUUAACCUCAAAAUAUCUAUGGAAGAGUUAGAACAAACUCUUAAAGACUGCAAAAGCAAAAGUCCGGGCCCUGAUAAAAUCCCAUAUAGCUUCUUACUCAACUCUGGCAUAUCAACAAAACAACACCUACUCAACAUUUAUAACCAUAUAUGGAAAAAGGGACAGAUCCCCAUAGGUUGA